CUCCGUUUACUUUUCGUACACUAAAGGCGGAGUCAAAACUCCCAAAUGUGUCAUUACAUACUUUGACAUCAAAAGUAAAUAAAGCUAAAGGCAACUGCUCUUUAUUUUCUUCUAGUCCAUGGGAAUUUUUUGAGUAACAGAAAAUCCAGGUUUUUCAUAAACUCUUGUUCUGGUACUCAUAACUAACCUCAUUUGCGUGGGUGGCUCAGCCUACCAACGCCCACUCGGCAUGUCUCUAUCUUCAAAGUUACUAGAAGAGGUUGAGAAAUUGAGUCAAAAUGAAGUCCUUUCAUUGCAAUUAGAGCUGCUCAAGAGAACAAAUGUCCAAAAUUUGAGAUUGCUUCGUGAAAAAGUCCACGAGCUUCUCUCUUUUGAUUUGAUUUCUGAUCUCCCAAUAACACUUGCACUCAAUAUACUUAGUUAUCUUGAUGCUUUUUCACUAUGCACCAUCAGUCAGUGUUGCAGUAGAUAUAGAGAGUUAGCAAAUGACAAUCUUUUAUGGCAUAGGCUCUGUAUAUCAAAAGGUUAUACACAAUAUCAAUCAUUGUCAUUCCCAGAAUCAGAAGAGGACUGUCACCCAUCUUCUCCUAGAUUCAAAGUUCAAAAGAUAAUGAAGCACACUCAUUUUUCCUAUUGGAAGGUUGUAUACAUGAAAUCAACUGUUCUAAUGCAGAAUUGGUCACAAGGUUUGUAUAGUGUUAGUGCACUAAAUGCUGGAAAUAAAGAACCAAUCACCGCAAUGUCACUUAAAAAUGAUGUACUGGUAACAGGCUCACGCGAUGGCUCCAGUAAAAUAUGGAACCUGAAGUCACUCUCGGUCACUACAACACUAAAAGGACAUACUGAUGAAAUCACCACAAUCAUUGUUACAGAAGGAACAAUACUAAGUGGUUGCUCUGAUGGCUUAGUUCGCUGCUUCUCUCUCAUCUCUGGACAGUUGAUGUGGUCAGUUGAAGUUAAAAAAGGUGGUAUUGAAGGAAUGGAAUAUGCCAGCCCUUAUCUUGCCUCUGCUACUUCCGAUCAGUCAAUUUAUGUUUGGAAGACAGAGAAAGGUUCUGCCCCUAUUGCAAUGGAUACCCUCCAAGGUCACACUAAACCAAUAACAUGCUUACUAGUAAAUGAGCAAUGUGUUUACUCAGGCUCCUGGGAUGGGACUAUUAGAAUAUGGAGCAUUGGACCAACUAGUACUAAUACUCACGUAUUGCCAGCUCAUUUAGAAGGUGUGAUGUGCAUUUUGAUAUUGAAUAACUCUACACUGGCAAGUGGGGGUGGUGACAGUGUUGUUAAAAUAUGGGAACCAGUUACUGGCCAGCUAUUACUGAGUCUUAAAGGACACAAUCAAGAAAUACUUUGCUUACAAGCUGAUGACACAGUCCUGGCAUCAUCCUCAGCUGACAGCACAAUUAGAAUAUGGAAUGCUGAUAAAGGGCACUGUGUACAUGUAUUGGAGAAUCACAUAGGACUGGUGAGGUGUCUCCUUUUAAGAGGCAAUUAUUUGAUAUCUGGAGGAGAUAGGAAGAGGAUCAAUGUGUGGAAUAAAGAGACAGGGAAGUUGCUGCAUACAGUACACAGACAACAAAAUCUCAUUCGUUUAUUGGAGACAAGCCAAAAUCAGAUCAUAACUGCAUCACCCAAUGAAGGGACAAUGGGCAUCAUCAGUUACUGGUAACUCCAGAACUCAUCGUCAUCAUUUUCAUGCAUGUAAAGGAAACAAUGAUAAAUAAUUAAUACCAAUAUUAUAGUAUGAAAAGAACUUUGCGAUACACACAUUAACAUAAAAGGACAUAUCUAAUGCUAAUAUUAUAUUAUCAUGAUUAUAAAGAAGA